UUAUGGCUUCAUCAGACAAAUCUCCUCUUUCAAUGAUUAGUAAAUCUUCCAAAUCCAAAAUAAUUCCAACAGAUAUAAAUACAUCAACAACUAAAGCUAAUGAAUCUAAAAUAUCCAAAAGGGAACCCUUUUUUGGCAAAUUCAGAUUUUGUAUCGCCAUUCUUCUUGGAUUCACUACUUUUUCUUAUACUUCAUUAAGAAUGAAUUUAAGUAUGGGAAUGGUUUGCAUGGUUAACUCAACGGCCAUACAUUUACGGGACAAUGAUAAUGCUGAAGUUUCAAAUGGAAAAAAUACAUCUUUCAAUGAUUAUGCACAUAAAAUACAUUUGAAAAAUCUAGCAUAUGCGGAAGAAUGUGGUGAUCGAGAGAUAAAAUCGAAUAUACAUAGAAAUUUGGGAUAUCAGGGUUCAAUAGAAUGGUCAGCCUCUGAACAAGCUAGGCUGUUCGCUGCACUAUUUUAUGGCGGUUUUAUAACAAUUUGGUUCUCGGGCUAUUUGGCUGAUAGAUUUGGCCCAAAGCUUUUGAUUGGAAUGGCAGUUUUAGAUAUGUCUGUAUGUUCACUCCUUUCUCCAGUGCUAGUUGAUCUGAAUUAUUAUGCAUUUUUUGUUGCCAGAUUCUUGAUGGGGCUUGGAGAUGGUUUCAUCUUCCCAACAGUAGCAUCAGCCAAUGCUCGUUGGUCACCACCAGCCGAACGCAGCUUAAUGUUUGCAAUAUGCACGUUGGGUAACCAAAUAGCUGCCGUUGUUGCUCUUUUACUUGGAUCACGACUUUGUGCCAUACAAUUUUUGGACGGAUGGAGAUUAAUUUUUCUUAGUUUUGGUGCCAUUGGAAUGACAAGCUUUACUUUAUGGACUAUUUUCGCUGCAAAUAGCCCCGAUGAAAGUAGCUGGAUUGGUUUAAAAGAAAAACAAAUGAUUACUGCUAGCCUGACAGCAGGGGGAUCUAGAAAAUCCAUCAGCUCUAGAAGAGUAAUUCUUCCAAAAAUAUUAUAUUCUAAAAAUUAUUUAGUUAAAUACCGGAAAAGUUCCUUGGAGUAA